AUGGCGGCAGCAGUUUAUGCAGAUCUAGGUGGUAUCUCUUUUUCAUCUUGGUUAUUGAAAUUGGGUGAAGGUUCUCUAUCGAAUGCAAUUCUCAAUCAGCGGGCUGCUCCAAUAGCACCGGAGGAUCUCAUCGAAAUACCCUCCCGAUUCCAUGUUGCUUCUGUAGAUGAUUUAAUAGAUUUUGUUUAUGGAGGUGAUUUUACAGCUAAAGAAAACGGUACUAAGGCGAUUCUUUGUCCAACAAAUGCAGCAGUCGACAUCAUCAACGAAAUAAUCCUUCAACGGAUAGCUGAUACAGAAUCGAGGACAUAUCUGAUCGAGGACGUAUAUCUAGGACAGGAGGAUGACGAUUUUUUGGCCCCCCUUGAUCUUUUGAAUUCCAUCAAUGCUCCUUCUCUACCCCCUCAUGAAUUAGUUCUAAAACGUGGAGCGAUUGUUAUGUUGCUUCAAAAUUUGGAUGUGGAUGAAGGCGAAUGUAAUGGUUCACGAUUGAGGAUUAUUCGAUUAGGUCAUCAUAUAAUCGAAUGCGAAUUGUUAACAGGUCAUAGGAUAGGCGAGAGGUUGUUCCUGCCGAGAAUGAAGAUGAAGGCCCAAACUCCCAUGUUACCAAAAGAGAUACUGCGUUUUCAAUUUCCUGUCAGGUUAGCUUACAGUAUGACCAUAAAUAAAUCCCAGGGGCAAACUUUAGAUAGGGUUGGUAUUUGUCUCAAACGCCCAUGUUUCACUCAUGGUCAGCUGUAUGUAGCUUUUUCUAGAGUUGGCAGCGUUGAAUGCGUCCGCAUAUUUAUCGAAGAUUCCGGAAAACAGGGCACUUUCAAAUUCCGAGGAAAGAAACGUUUCACUAGAAAUAUUGUGUUCUCGAAAGUUCUUGAUGAACUGACUCCUCACCGGCGGGAAAUAAUUCAUUUGCCGGAUCCCAAUCCUGAUGAAGAAGAUGCAGCCGACAAUGGGGAAAAAUCAGGUUUUGCAGGUCCUUCCUCUUCUAACAUUCCUAAUUCGAAUUGCGAAAGUGAUCCUACAUCUCAGACGAUGAGGAUGACGUCUUUGAAAGGACUGCUCUUAAAAUUCUCGGCGAGGUAGAUGAUGUCAUGCAGGUUUCUAAUGGUCUUUAUAAUGAUGAUGAUGGUUGUGAUGAUUUUUGGAAAGGAGCUGUGCCAUUCAGAACGGAGAGUGAACUGGAAUCGAGGGUUUCUGUUUUUGAUCGUCCAGGAACGUCAGGCUUGAAUUUACUACAACAAUCAAUAUCACGGACAAGAGGCUAUUCUACCGAUUCUGACUGAGAAUAACUAUUAAGUUAUAAGAAUUAAGACGUUUAUUUCAUAUUUUUCGAAAAAAAAAUAAUUUUACAGAUAUUUGAUCAUUUCUUUUCCUUGAAAAUAAUUUUUAUUUCUUAUCAAAUAUCUGUGGCAGUUUAUGUUCGACAAUAAACAUAUAUAAUCCGAAUAUUGUUUUGAUUCAAUAGUUAAAUGCAAUAAAUUUUUA